UUAAGGGGUUUUUGGGACAAUUGGCCCUAGCCCACUAGACACAAGGGUGUUGCGAUAACUAGAUAGUAACCUUUGCUAUGUGUGGAAGUCAUUUAAAGUUGUCAAUCAACCGUUAAAGUUGUUAAAAUUGCUCCCGCUAUUGCAUUAGUUCCCUUCUGUCUACUUUCAACAUGUGUAAGUUUUAAAACUUUUUCAUCAUUUAAAGAUAGAUUUAAGUCAAGAUUUUGCCAAUUUAGGACCAUUUUAGAUAAUAAUAAUAAUAAUAAUAAUAAAUUGGUUCGCUCGGAAGGAUCUCUACAACAGAGCCUUCCUGGGAGGUCUACUGCUUUAAGAUGGCGGCUGUUUACUAACGCAUGUAGUCCUUAAAGUGCUUGUGACACGAAAAAGCAUGUUUAUUUCAUAAUACACGCGGUAUGUUAUGCUCCUGAAUGAUAUGGACCGCUUGGAUGUGUGUGGAAGCGAUCGCUAUAUUUAUUUAGUUUUUUGAAUCCCGCGCCAGGAAAAUGAGUGACUUCCGGCUUCGGUCUCGCAUUGAGGAGGAGGGCGCUGUGACGUGUACGGUAGAAGACGUCCUCUUCACGCUACAGUGUACUGUUGUGUAUGAGGACGAAGGAUUCAGCUGAUUUUGCGGAUUAAUACUUUUAUUUUUUGCAUCACGCCAGCCAAACGGCUGCAGAAACAUCAUUCUUUAUGCGGGAGAGGCGUAUGCGCCUUUUUGGAGUUUCAAAAGGUUCCCAUUCACCGUGGAUAUUUACUGUGGGACCAUUGGACUUACAAGGAAGUGAGUAAACAUCUUGUUUUGUAUUAUGUCAAAUACGAAUACAGUGAUUACAAAGUAAACACUAUAAAAUUCCUUUAAAUAAAGGACUACUUACGUUUGAUCAUUAAUAGGCAUGUAAAAAGCUAUCCUCAUGCUCAUUAGCAGUUAGCUGUUAGCGCGUUAGCUACACAACAAUUCCAGCCACCCUCCUCCAGGGAACGAACUGUAAAUUGCUCUCCGCCGGGCGGUUUGCCGAUCCGCAAAGAAACUCGACAACCGGGUCGUCAUGUCAAAUAAUCCAGGCUAGUUAUGUGUGAUUUUCCACUUCGAAGACUUUGAAACAUCCCUCGGUUCGGGUUAGCAUGUCGGCUAGCUGUCACUCCUUCUGGUCUGUUUACAUUCUCCGAAGCCGGGGAAGGGAAAUGACAUAUGUCCGAUUUAGGUGUCAUAAAAUAUCGUUCGGCAGGUGUGACAGUAAAGGUAAAGUCGACUGUUUUGACCAUUAUGGAGUAAUUUUGCCAUGUCGUCUUGGAUAAAUGGAUUUUUAUUAUUUUAUAUUCCAUUUAGCACAAGUUAUUUGUCAUGACCAUGCCAUUUAUUUAGCAAUUGGGGAAAGUACUUGGGUAAAAAGAAUAUCCUGUAAAAAUAUUGAAGUAAAGAGACAGAAACAAUGACAUUUUGCCGCUCUCUUCGUCGCGUUUUCCUCAUUGUGAAUAGUUCCCCCUCGACGGGCUGACUGGUCCUUCUCAAGCCAUUUAUAUAGCUAUUGGGGAAAAAUACUUGGAUAAAAAGAAUAUCCUGUAAAAAUAUUGAAGUAAAGAGACAGAAACAAUGACAUUUUGCCGCUCUCUUCGUCGCGUUUUCCUCAUUGUGAAUAGUUCCCCCUCGACGGGCUGACGGGUCCUUCUCAAGCCAUUUAUAUAGCUAUUGGGGAAAAUACUUGGAUAAAAAGAAUAUCCUGUAAAAAUAUUGGGAGUAGAGAGACUGAAACAAUGACAUUUUGCAGCUCUCUUCGUCUCGUUUUCCUCGUUCUGAACAAUUCCCCCUCAAUGGGCUGAAUAGUAAAACCGAUGAGCCUAGUCUACCGCUGACGUCAUCCACCUGUUGGGGACGCUAAAGCCCUAUAAUUGUAGGCGUGGCUAACCGGCAGAUUAAAAGACUCAUUUCUCGUCAUCUGCGCUUUGCUAAAUUGUUGUAUAUGGUCGAAUCGUCUCAAAAUAUGAUUCUAAUUCACAUAAUAAUGCCAUUUAAGACUUUUUUUCUGGUGUCGUAUGCUCUUUAAACAUGUUGCCAAUGCAGCCGUGUCUAACAUUGCAUCUAGUUCUAUAAUAUGUGAUAUCUAACGUAUCAUUGGGCGUAGUUUGUAGGCUACAGUCAGGUAUUAUUGGAGCCACCUAGCAUCGCGUUUGCAACGGCGUCUUCCCCACUCCUGCUCUGCUCUCUCGUUUCCGUGAGUCCGUCUCUCUCUUUUUUUUAUUCAACCAACUUAGUAACGCACGGCUUUCCCGCCUCAGUAACGGUAACGGCGUUGCCAAGAUGAGAAAAGUAAUUAAUUAGAUUACUCACUACUGAAAAAAAUAACGCCGUUAUAUUGUAACGCCGUUAUUAACAACACUGGAUGGCACAGUGGACUGCAGGACACACUCUUGCAAAAUCCCCCAAAAUAGAGAGUUGCAUUGCAGCAGAUUUCCAUAAACUAUUAUCCUGUACAUAAAACAAUUCAGGAUAUUUUACGGGUGGAUGGUUUUAGCAUCUUAGAUAAAUAAAAGUUUAACAAAUAUCUUUUGCAUCGUUCUUUCUGUAUAUGUUAACUUUACAAAGCUACCCUCUGUGUUGACCAAAGUGCAAAAUGGCACAUCACAAGUCCUGACUGCGUCUCACCUGCCAGUUCAUUCAGACCAUCGGUGAACAAAACUUUGAACUCGCUGCUCUUUAGUUGCAUCGUGAAGAGACUCCUCCACCAAAAACACGUCUUAUCAGCCACAAUAGGUCUCAAUAUUCUGCUCCACAUCUGUGGAAAUAAAAUUACAAAGCGGGUUUGAUAGUGGACUGAAGGACACGGCUUAUGCAGUGGUGCUAACAUUAAGUAUCGUCAUGCUACCGAGUGAUCCUUGGCGGUCACUCACAUAUAUGUCAUUAUUUUCACUCAAACCCUGGAAAUACAUAAAAUGUCGAUAUGAAUUUGCAAAUGUACACCUGCAACAAACAUUUACUGUCCUUACCGCUGUGCAGUACCCAUCACAUUUCGGAAGUUGAGCUAAACCGGAAGUUUUGUGACGCGAUAUGUUCACUGACCAAUGGCUGGGUUUAGAUUGGAGGUACGCAACAACCCAAAUAAUCUCGCGAGAACAUAUCCGAUUCCGUUUUUUUAAACGAGUUCCUAACUCCAAAUUGAUUGUCAAUCAGAUUAGCAGAGUGACAUGGCCAAAGUUGAAUUAACACCAUUAAGACCGUGGAGUGAUUUCUUUCCCGAGGGUGACAGAUUCGCCACACCAGAUACGAAAGAUUUUGCGAGAUGGUAUAAUAGAGUGAUCUGCAAUUUGCUCUACUAUCAAACAAAUUAUCUGGUCGUGUCUAUCGUUGUUGUCCUUAUUGUUGGGUUAUUGAGCCCUUUGGGAAUGCUCACCGCCAUGUCUGUGGUGUCUGGAGUCUUUCUGAUCUCCGUGUGGGUAGCCGAAAAUGGGACCACUAUCAAGAACUUCAAAACGCACAACCCCACAGGUUUUGUGAUUGCUGUUAUGGUGGCCAGCUACAUGGUGAUAAACUUUGUGGGAAGCGUCAUUGUGUUCAUGGCAUCAAUCACUUUACCACUCACAUUCAUCUUUGCCCAUUCUUCUUGUCGCCUCCGCAACAUAAAGAAUAAACUGGAGAAUACAAUAGAGUUUGCUGGCUUCAAGAAGUCACCAAUGGGCAUUUUCCUGGAGGUCCUUGGUCAGCAAGAGGAAUAUCAAAAAAUACAGAGCUUCCUGGAAGCCAAAAUGAAAGAAUGAUUGUUCUCAAAAAGGACAACAUACUCCUGUUCAUCUCUUUACCAAAUAUUUUGACCCUGUUGUAGCUUUCCUAACCAGCUGAAAAGAGCUCCCUGAUGUUAUGAAGAGAAUCAAACACUAUGCUAUCCCCACAGAGUAUUCCACUCCUACCAGACUACUCCCUAAUUCUAAAAAUCUGUCUUGUAUUACUCACUAACAGAUAUGAGGCUUAGCAUUUUCCUGUCAUGUUAAACUUCAUUACAAGGCACAAAAACACACACUGGACUCAUAUUCUUGUCGAGAUAACGCUCAAAACUAUUGUUUCAACUGUAUGUAACCCCACAUCAAGUUUGCCUUAGCACUUAUGUUAAUAAGAGAGCAGCCAAGCAGUCUUUUCAAUAAAAGCGAAAGUACCUGCUUUGUGAGGAGGGAUGAUGAAUGGAAUAUGUGAGUCACAUCAUUGUGUCAAUGUUUAAAAGUGAGCACUUCAAGGGGUUUGAGGUCUUAACCAAAUCCAUAAUUUUCUCCAGCACCACUGAGUCUUUAAUGUUGGCAGAUCCCUCUGGGUGACUGAUUAGCUUGGCUGAUGUUAAUCGAUGUCCUGCUACGGAUUUUAGUACAGAGCACUGAUCAGUGUGAAUCCAGAAAAUUCACCUCAAAAUGUCAGUGGAGAACAAUCUUGUUUUUCUAUAUUAUUUUUUAGAGAAACUGACUGUACACUGGUUUGCUAGGUUAACUGUUCAGUAGUUUUUCCAUCUUCGUCUCUUACAUUGGUUCAUCAAUUGUAUUAAAAACAAAAUAUUGUCCGGAUCAUCAA